CCGGCGCGGGCGGGGACAGGAGCAAGCCUUCGAGACUCUCCGUCGAUUUACCCAGCCGAUAGUUGGCACUUUCAUCGUCGGCAGACCGCUUGGAAAGGUUACAGAUUCGCUAGGUUCUGAAGCCGCUCUACUACUACAACAACGCCGCCAAGAUGUCGUUGAAGGAGGAGUUCGCAACGCGCAACUUCAGUAUCUACGGGCAAUGGCUGGGCAUCCUGACCAUGAUCCUGGCUUUCGCCCUCGGGAUAGCCAACAUCUUCACCAUCCACCUCCUGCUGAUCAUCUUCAGCGCUCUCUGCCUCGCGUCGUCCUUCGUGAUCCUCUUCAUCGAGGUGCCGCUGCUGCUGCGCAUCUGCCCGACCUCGGCCGCCUUCGACGGCUUCAUCCGCCGCAUCUCGACCAACUACACGCGCGCGGCCGCCUACGCCGUCAUGGCCGUCGUCCAGUGGCUCUCCAUCAUCGUCGCCGCCAGCUCGCUCAUCGCCGUCGCCGUCCUGCUCUCCCUCACGGGCAUCUGCUACCUCCUCGCCGGCAUCAAGGGCCAGGCCUUCGUCGGCAGCAAGACGCUCGGCGGGGCCGGCGUCGCGCAGAUGAUUGUAUGAAGUGAAUACGAAUUGCGAAUGCGGAUGCGGAUGGGUUUGGUCUCGUGAUGGCGCGGUGGCCCGCUGAAGGGGAUCGGAGGUGAUAGAAGUGGAAAAUAGGGGUGGUGCUGGUGGUGGUGAUGGGCAUGACGAAGGAGCACAUUGAGGCGGUGAAUUGGCUGGGGAGGCAGGCUUCUUCCUCUUUCUCCGAGGUACUGGUCCUUGCUUACCUGUCGGAGAACUGGAGAAGGAGCGCACGACUUCAACGGAAAGCAUGAUGUUGCGUGUCGGCUACUGUUUGUAUCUGGUUAAACGAAGACGAAGGCGGGUCUUAUGGCGUCUAUGGUUUCUGUUAGUGAUUUAACGGCGGGUGGUUUCCAUUAUCUAGUCUGUUGGCCGUUGCUGUUACCCGGACUGGGACCUUUGUGCAUUGUUUGCGCAGGUUUUCUUCUUCCUUUUUUUCUUUCUUUUCUUUUCUUUUCUU